CUUGACGUGAUGACGUAGGUACACAGGCGUAUUUUGUCGGCGACGCCGAGGCGAUCUGCUUGUGUGGGUGGAGUGUUCUUGAAGACAUCUGCACCUUCUGACUGGGAAAAGAUGGUCAACGUUUUGAAAGGAGUGCUUAUAGAAUGUGAUCCUGCCAUGAAACAGUUUCUUCUGUACUUGGAUGAAUCCAAUGCCCUAGGGAAAAAGUUCAUCAUUCAAGAUAUUGAUGACACUCAUGUCUUCGUAAUAGCAGAGUUGGUUAAUGUCCUCCAGGAGCGAGUAGGUGAAUUAAUGGACCAAAAUGCUUUUUCUCUUACCCAGAAGUGAAAAUACUAGAUAUUGGACCCUGAGAAAUUAUAAGAAACACAUGAAAAACUCUAUUCAGUAUCUUAAUUUGACUGUUGAGUAUUUCGAGGAUUCCUUAGGAGCAUUGUGGGAAAGACUAUUGGAUUAUUUGUUUAGACAAAGCCCCUGAAGCAAUUUUGUUGUUGUUUUUUUUUUAAAAAAAGCUUUAAUGAUUGGCUGUAAUUUGGCUUUUAUUAUCUUUUAUGAAAAUAUAAAUGUUUCUCUUA